GCCCACGAUAGUGUUCUUUGAUGGAAGUUUCUGCGACUGACUCGAAACAAUGGGGUAGCCAAAAGUUCCACGCAACAUUUCUCACAUUUGCUGACCCUUGGACGCUAUUCGCGCCAAUUGCAACCAGCACUGCUUGAUCACGAAGACUGUCAAGUCACACAAGAUCUCGUAUAGUUGCAUCGACGCCCUGUGAACGGCUGGCUUGGCGGGCGUGGCGCCAGUCUAUAGCAAAUGCAUAUUAAGCAGGUGCUCAUCGAGGGCUUCAAGAGCUACAAGGACCAGACGCACACCGAGGAGUUUGACCCUAAGAUAAACGUCGUUGUUGGCGCAAAUGGCUCCGGAAAGUCUAACUUCUUCCAUGCCAUUCGCUUCGUGCUGAACGACGCCUUCAUCAACAUCCGGGGAGACGAGCGGCUGCAGCUGCUGCAUGAGGGCGCGGGUCACCGAGUGUCUAGCGCCUGGGUGGAGGUGGUGUUCGACAACUCGGAUGGGAGGUUCCCGAUCGACCGCAGCGAGUUGCGUCUGCGUCGCACCAUCAGCGCCAAGAAGGACGACUACACGCUGGACAAGAAACACAUACCUAAGUCCGAGGUGAGCAGCCUGCUGGAGAGCGCCGGCUUCAGCAAGAGCAACCCCUACUACAUCGUGCAGCAGGGCAAGAUCACCGCCAUGGCCGCCAUGUCCGACCCGCAGCGGCUGGAGCUGCUGAAGGAGAUCGGCGGCACGCGGGUGUACGAGGAGCGGCGGCGGGAGAGCCUGCGCAUCCUGCAGGAGGCGGACAGCAGGGGCGCGCAGAUACGGGAGAUGCUCUCCGAGAUCGAGUCCAAGCUGCGCGAGCUGGACGCCGAGCGCGCCGAGCUGGCCGAGUUCCAGCGGCUGGACCGCACCCGCCGCUGCCUGCAGUACAACCUGUACGACAAGGAACUGGGGAAGACGCAGGCGGAGGUGGAGAAGUUGGACCGCGAGGCCGCCCGGCUGCGUGAGGCCGCGGGUGCUGCGGGGGA